UACAUCCUGGUAAACGGAGUUGUGUGACAGCGGGGAGAAUGUGCAUGAGAGCGGAGAUCCAGAGAGCAGCCGUCACACUCGAGUGACAGUGGGAGUGGGGCUAACGUUACAGGAGUCAAACUGUUUAUGUUAUGCUGUCGAGGUGACACGCCAACAAGGCGGUCUGUAUUGCAGCUUAUUGCAGUACAGUUUUAUCCUACCAAGAACAGUGUAGGAGUGGACUAGUUAGCGUGAGCCGGUCAGCUAGCUUGCGAUUUCUCUUUCCUAAGUGGUCCCCAUGGCGAAAAACACACUCUCGUCGCGGUUUCGGAGGUUUGACAUCGAUGAGUACGACGAGAACAAAUUUGUGGACGAGCAGGAGGAGGCGGCUGAGCAACAAGGACCGGACGCCGCCGAGGUAGACAAUCUAAUCAGGCAAGGAGAAAUGAUGACAGCUUUUCACAUUGCGCUGAGGAACCCUCCAAUCAACACCAAGAACCCGGCAAUCAAGGAGAGAGCCCAGGCAGUAGUACUGAGGGUGCUCACCUCCUUCAGGAGCGCGGAGAUCGAGACGGCUGUUAAAUCCCUGGACAGGAACGGGGUGGACCUGUUAAUGAAGUACAUCUACAGGGGCUUCGAGAAGCCUUCGGACAACAGCAGCGCCAUCCUGCUUCAGUGGCAUGAAAAGGCUUACGCCGCAGGAGGUUUAGGAUCCAUCGUGCGAGUUCUCACCGCCAGGAAGACCGUCUGACAGACGGACACGCCGAGCCGAGGCGGAGGAGGAGGAGGACUGAGGGGAGGGCCCAGGGACGCACUGCUGAAAGCGCAUCACUACACACAGUUACUGCUUUCCCCCCCCGGGACACAAUCGAAUCAAAAACGCGGGAGGAGAAAAGUAAAACGACGGGUUCGCGAGGGGAAAUACUCUUGUAUUUAAUGUACAUUAUUAUUAUUUUCUAUAUCGUGAAAACAUGGUCUUGGGCAUCAUCCUGACAUGCUGUUUUUUU